AUGCCUGAUUGGAUGGUUAUUAAUUACUUCUAUAAUGGCUUGGGACCUCAAUUGAGGCCAAUGCUCGAUGCAGCAUCAGGUGGAUUCCUAUGGGCUAAGAGCUAUAAUGAGGCUUAUGAGUUGAUCGAGAUGAUGGCUGCGAAUGAAUAUCAGAAUCCGACUCAGCGUCUUCAUCAGCGCAAAGCAGCAGGAAUUCUAGAUGUUGAUGCUACUACAGCUUUGACUGCUCAGCUUAAGGCUCUUAUUAUGAAGGUGGAUUCUUUGGCAAAUCUGGGAAAUCAGCAGCCACCUUCAGUUUGCGAGCUUUGUUCUGGUGCACAUUCUUCUGAUCAGUGUGCUAUAUGUAGUGAAUCCGCUCAGUUUGUGAGCAACUUCCAGAGGUCUCAACAGCCAGCUGCUUCCACUUAUCAUCCCAAUAAUCGGAAUCAUCCGAAUUUCAACUGGAGCAAUAAUCAGAACUUCAUGCCACAACAGCAGCAACGGUUUCAGCAACAAAGAGCUAGACCUUUCAACCCUUCUGGUUUUCAACAACAGUUUGCACCGAAGCAGCAAUUCCAUCCACCUGGAUUCCAGCAACAAAAUCAUGGGGUGGCUGGACAGUCUUCCAACGAAAGAUCUGAAUGGGAAGAGAUGAAACUAAUGAUUAAAAGCCAAGCUGUGUCAAUCAAAACAUUGGAGAACCAGAUUGGGCGAAUUGCUGACGCGUUGAUAAAUAGACCACAAGGAACUCUUCCUAGUGAUACCGAGGCCGAUCCGGGUAAGAAAGAGAUGAAGGAACAGGGGUGCCAAUUGCAUAUAACUCCUGAUAAUGGGGUCAAGCAAGUAUAUCCACCUCCCCCUUUUCCGAAGAGACUUCAGAAGCAUAAGCUCGACAAGCAAUUCGCCAAAUUUCUAGAGGUUUUCAGGAAAUUACAAAUCAACAUAACUUUUGCGGAGGCUCUAGAACAAAUGCCGAGUUAUGCUAAAUUUAUGAAAGGUAUUCUAUCUCUUAAGCUGAAGCUUGAGGACUUGGAGACCAUUGCUCUAACGGAAGAGUGCAGUGCGGUACUGCAGCAGAAAUUACCUCCGAAACUUAAGGAUCCGAGGAGUUUCACAAUAUCGUGUACCAUUGGACCAUUGUCAUUCGACAAGUGUUUAUGUGACUUGGGAGCUAGCAUUAAUCUGAUGCCAUUAUCUGUCUUUAAGAAACUUGGUUUGCCCGAGCCGAAACCUACAAACAUGUACUUACAACUGGCUGUUCGGUCGAUCACAUACCCGAGAGUGUUCAACGCAAUGAAAUUUCCAAGUGACGAAGAAGAAUGCUUUAAGGUGGAGCCAAUAGAAGCUGCAGCUCAUUCGGAAAUUGACCAAAGGCUGAAAACUAACAUCUUGGAAAAGGUUCUAACAGGUGAAGCUGAAUUCGGAGAUGAUGAGGAAGCAGAGAAACGUCAGUUCUUGAAUGCAUCCUCAUGA